AGAUGUGCUGGAAGUUGGUGCAACUGUAGUCGUGUUGUAAUCGUAGUGUGAAAUGUUAAUGCUAAUGCAGGUAGACGAGCAGUUGUAAAUCCUUACCGGGAAGAGAGCUUCUGGCUUUUCACCGCAAAAACCUAGGACGGUAGGUGUGGCUCUUGUUGCGUAAGGAUAAGCUUGCGCCACCCUUGCCCUGGUACGCUGUCCUUCGCCUGUGCGAACAAAGUCUAUUGCAGCGGUCGUGAGUGAUAGUGAAAAGUAAAGUAUUAUACGUAGUUCAUCUAAACAAUAACCGCCUCACAAGCAGACAGAAAAAAAUAAAAAUCUAAAUAUGAUUUGUCCUACAGAUGCUUCUGAAAAGAAAAUGUAUCGACACGUGUUGUACCUGACCAGGACGACGGCACGUCACGAAAUGAAAUUGCAGCUGACGUGUAGUUGACUCAUUGCUUUAGAAGUGCAGUCACCGACCUGACACUUCCAGUAGCGACGUCGAAGCUUCCACACAAGAAGGACAUCAGCCUUCAGGAGACUACACGAAGAGGACCACACGUCGACCAAGUUACCACCAAAAUGGCCCACCUGAUCCGCAGCCGGGACGACGAAAUCCAGGCCGUCAUUCUGAAAUCGAUAACGACGUCGGCGAACGGCACGGCGCAGCUGAAUCCCGAGGAAACCGCCUUUCUCGACCAGCGGGAGCAAUUUCUGUUGCGGCGGCUGCAACAGGAGAAGCAGGCCCGAGAAAAGUACAAGAAAUCGAUCGUCGAAUAUGAGGCGAAAGAGCGGGACUUCGUUAGCAGCAUGGAGGCGCAGAUGGACCAGUGGGAGGCCACGGAGAAGGCAAUAGGGGAGCGGAAUUUUGAGUCAGCGAAGUCGAGGACUUGUUGUCAUGCUGGGAUCAUAUCAUUUUCAUAAGUAGUCAGCGUCAUGCGUUAAUCUACAACUUCUUCCAAAAAUGCACAGCGCCUUUAUCGAACUCAAGUAUUUUUAUGAUACCUCUAUCCAAGAACUUUAACCGGAAAUAAGGGAGGUAAAAAUUUACCGUUUUCGUGCACGACCCCGCAAUGAAUCCGUUGCCGCUCGCUCCGCAUGACGAACUCGGCGGCCUGACUCUGAAAUUUCUGACUUUGAUUUGCCAUGACUGAGAAGCUCAAGACGUUCGAAUCGGAAAACGUAUUAUUGUGAUUUCAUGAUUUCAAGCACGUGAUCAUGGGCGACUAUUUUUAGUUUACUUAUUUCAUCUAAGUCUGCCACAGUACAUUCCAUUUAUCUGUCACACUACAUUCCACUACAACGCUUGCAAGAACCGCUCUUCACACUACUUUUCUCUCUAAAAAUACGACUUCUUAGUACAGGCCAAGCUCCAGCGUUUUUGCGAUAGUUUGCAGGAAGACGAAAAGGAAACGAAGCAGGAGCUGCAAACCCUGAGACAGACGAACGCAGAGACGGAGAAGCGAGUGCAGUUUUUGAUGGACCGAUUAGUCUCGUUGCUGUCGACCGAGAAGAGCAACGACGUUGAAAAGGAACUACUCACUGCCAUGACAGAUCGGGAAACGAAGUUGAAUGGUACAUAGAUGAAGAUUUAUUGUCAUUUUGAUUCAGUCCCCUCAUUCAAGUAAGUUGUUACGCAGGUGCAGAUGCAAGAACUGUCUUCGUGACUUCAUGUGGAUGACUCGCUAUGUUGAUUCUACCUCUGCAUACACUUCAGGUCAAAUGGAAAAGUUGAAAAGCGAGCUUGACCAGGUGCGGCAACAAAAUCGAGACUUUGCCGUCCGAUUAACGGAGGAGCAGAAGCUGUCGGCCAAAUUACAUACGUCGUUUUGCGAUUUACAGCUGGAAAAUUUUGCGCUACGAGGGAAGCAAGAGGAGCAACUGCAGCACACCAGCAAGGGCGGCGCUGCUGCAGAAACUGGUACUGCUCAACAAACACAAAAUAGACAAGACACCUCGAACGGCGAUGACACAAACGCUCCUGCAUCUGUUUCUGUCUCGACCACCAGUGGCGCAGUGAUAUUACAACAAGAGCCCCCACGCGUAACUGGUACGAGCGCCGCAGCAGCAGACGCCCCCCUGGACGGCGCCAUGUCCGAUUUGUCGUCGAUUCGCGAGGGGGUCAGCAAGCGAAACAGUUUCGACAACACGCUGGAUACCUCCACAAGGGCGGACGGGUCGGUGAAUGGCGGAGCGGGCGGGACUACAACUCUUGCAACUACAUCUAACGCAGAACAAACAAGAGGACUAGGUACCGCAUCCGUUUCGGUGGUGACCCACGCGACCAUCGCGACGCAAGCACAGUCGCAGAAUACGAGUCUGAUAGGCGAACAAGGUGGAGCUGCGCUCGAUGCCAUGGCUGGUUCUGGACCACAACCGCAAUCAGCAACCUCCACCAAUGUGCUCCCAGCUCCACCUGUUCUAGAGCAACACAAUCCGCAAACAAACCCCGCAAUCAGUAGCACAGGUGGAGUGCCUUCUACUUUUUCCCGCGCGCGAGGAGCCGCUUCUUCGCCACAACAGGAUCACCACAACUACCAGCAGGGAGUGAAAACGAAUGCAACUACCUCUUCUCCUUCCCGCAUGGCUGCAGCAAAAGUGACCUCACCCAAUACGAACAGACAGCCCGGACAGGCAAAUCCCUAUUUGAUCCUGGCGCAGAGCAACAAAUUGCCGCCCUUUGUCAACAACACCGCUAUCGCAGGGGGCGGAGGAGCAGCCGCAGCGACUUCUGCGGCGGCGCCCUCCGCGUCUGCAGCAUCAAUCGGACAAAUGCCUCCCCCUCCGCUACUAAACGCCAGCAGCGCUGCAGGGCCAGCCUCCUUCGACGCGCCAGCUCCGAAAAGCUACGGCCACCAGCCGGUUCUGCAGAUGCACACACCGGGUCCUCCAGGGGGGCUGCACACGGCAGCACUGCAAACGCCGUCGCCGCAGUAUUAUCAGGAGUACAUCUCCCCUCCGCCGCAAAUCAGCAGCGCCCAACAAGCACCUCCACAGAUGGGGGGAUCAGGUGCGACAAUACCGCCUUCUGCGAGUGCGACAUCCAGCACAAGUUCCACAGCGGCAUCCGUGAUCCAGCAACAGCAAAAUCAGAAUUUGCGGGUUUUGCGGCCCAACGCGCUGUCGCCGAUCUUCGGCGCAACCUCGACCAGUCCUCCAUCGGCUCACCUUCUUCCCGCAGGGUCUCCUGGGCAAAUUCAGCAGAGCGCUGGCGUCCACCUCGACGCAGCAGCUCAGGCAGCCGCGUCGCAGUAUCAGCUGCCUCAGCACCAGCACCAGCGCGACAAUUCUUACCCAGCAAGAAGGACCAUGCCUUCGCAAGUUUUGACACAACGACAACAGCAGCUGGCGCAGCAUCAGUCUCAGGCUCAAGGAGUGCCAGUGACAGCACCAGUUGCAGUUCCAGCAGGGGGCGUUGGCGCGGUAAGUGCAGCGGUCGUAGUACAAGCGGCCGUGGGCCCAGUGACAGCUGCAUCGCCCGCUAAUUAUCCGAUGAGGGCCGGGAUAGGAACAAUAGGAAGCGCCACUGGCGGCGGGUCGGCGUCUUCCACAGCGCCGCCUCUAGUUCAACCUAAUCGCGUCAUUGACCCGAUUUCUAGCACAACGUCGGAGCUCGUCCCAGGGGAGCGUCGCCCACCUCAUCAUCCUGUUGUAGAAGGAAAGAACGCCACAAGAGUUGUUACUAGUUCCAGCACAAAUCAGAAUCACGCCCACCAACAACUACAACCUCAGCCCUCGACAGCAACAGCUGCGCCCAAUCCCCCGAGCAGACAAGCGUCCGCCCCGUCGCAGCCUUCGCAGCAGUCGAGUAAGCACAAAAGUACCUCUGGUGGAUUGUCGUCGAAGCAGAAAGUGAUUGAGAUGGAGAAACAGCUGAAGGAAGUUUUAGACUCGAUCGCAUUCGACCGGGCAGUGAUUCGCGUCGGCAACGGGUUGUACAAUUUUGGCGAUUCAAGGUGCUUGCUGAAACUGGACGAGAGUAAUAGGGUGGUCGCGAGCAGUGAUGGUAAAGAAUUAAGUAGUUCAAGGUGGGCGAUUUAGUUUGUCGAUCUUGAGAAGAACAACUUGUUGAACAUGACUACAGCAAUGCCAAGGAGUGACUGUCUCACUCCAGGUCUUGCAUUAGAAACUCUGGCAUUAAUCACCCUCUCAGGUGGCACGAGCUUCUUGCCGAUUGCGGAGUAUUUAAAGGCCCUGCAAAAGCCAAAGCAAAAGAACGGGGUUCUAAAUUUCCAGCAACCGAAACUGGCAUGUACUGAUUUAAAUUUGGAUAUUUUCAAUUUUGUGAUCUUCAUCAGGUGGUGCAAUCUGCAAUUCUGCUUCUGUAGCAAGCUCGUCGAAGUCCGAACAUUAUUUAAAUUUCGUAAAAUUUCUUCUCUUCGAUUUCGACAGGUAUGUCCAUCGCGAGCCCGCAACUGAGCGCCACCCGAAUGGUUUCCGCGGACAACUCUGCCGUCGUGCAGCCGCAGCGCGCAACCUCGGCUGGGCCAACGAUGAAGGCGGGGUUCGGGAUAUCGCCGCGACUACAAUUUAGCACGGCGGGUGGCGUUGCCUCCGGCCCUGGAUCUGCUGUCGCGAGAGAAUGGAGCCCAGCGCAGGGAGGUUCGGAAAUUUUUCACCACCUAAUAGCAAGAGAGAAAAAUUUCGUGAGCUGAUGCGACACGUGGACUUGUUCUUUUUGUUUUUCAACGUGACGCUCCAUUACAUUUUUAGAUACUUAUUUAGAGGUAGGUAUACCUACAAGAACUUCUUGCAUCAACUCAAAAAAAUUAGGUCUGAGACUAACAAUGAGCGCCAGCCAGUCUACUGCAGCGGGCCAAACAACAAGCAGUAACUCCGGCACUGCACCAGCCGCGAGACAACAGGGUCCUCCGGUCUCACAGCCACGCAUGCUGCUGAAUUUAGGCUCCGGGGGCGGGGGGAUGCCCAGCCGCGCCUUCAGCUCAUCUCCGCUGCGAACAGGCUUUUACCCUCAAACGCGCAUGAGUAGUAACGGACAGCAGGUUGCGAACGUGGGGCCGCAGGUGCCUGCUUACACGGCUGUUGGAGUCUCGAGAUAGCAGAUGAAGUCAAAAAUUACACGCCGAUCGGGAUACAAGAUUUAUCCUGUCGAGGAGGCCGGAAAAAAGAAGCGGAUAUUUUUUAGAAUUUCGUAACGAACUAACCAGUACAAGACUUGUAGAAGAAUAAAACAAUAAUGACGAAGAAGUGGAACGAUGCCCGUGCUCGAAACUUCACAGCAGAGGACGCGGACCUCAUGUCAGCAACGAUAGAAAGACGGCUUUCGCAAAUGCUUGGACCAUCAAACUAGUACAGUACAACCAAUCUCCAAAAUCAUAAGCAACGCAAAUUUAAAGACACGAAAUGAAUCCUGGAAGUAGGACAAGGUGUGAGGAUGAGUACUACCCAAAGACUUCGCCGACACCGAGAAAACAAGUAUACAAAACCUAAUGAAACCUAGCCCAAAACCUUUUAGUUUCAUCGUUUCAUGGUGCGUUUUAUAGUUUUUACAAUUUCAGACGCAGUUUCUUUGCGUCGCACUUGAAAGAAACGCUUGAGGAAUCUUUUUCUGACAGAAACUCUUUCGCUUUUUGUUGUUCGGCGUUUUCGGAUCUUCCGUUGUUCUGUCGACCUGACAUCCAGGAGUGAGUUCCAAAAGCAUGAGCACAAGCGUGGU